AUGCUUGCAAGAAUGGAUAUACAAAAGCAGGAGAUGGACAAUAGAUUGGAGGAAGUGAAAUAUGAACUGGAGAAAGUGUUACGCCGCGAAUGUAAACUUGACGUCCGUCUUGCCGAGGUUUGCUUACAUGUUUUUGUGGCCACGAAUGAUCUACGGCUCUACGAAUAUUAUGUGAGAAAAAACAAUGAUCUGGAGCUGAAUCUGAUGAAAGCAGCGACAACCAAUGGCCCCAAUAAUAUCAAUAGUGCAAAAGCAUCCGAUUCAGAUACAACAGAGAGCGUCAAUAAAUCCACGGUAAGGUGA